AUGCCCAAGGCCUCCAGGAACCAUGUCAAGUCGACCAGGCGAGCAGAAGAAGCUCCGGUACAUACAUCAAGCAAGACCUCGCAGAAAUCUCGCAAGGGCCCGAAAGCAUGGCGCAAAAAUAUCAAUCUAGACACAGUCGAGCAAAGGAUCGAGCAGCUACGAGAGGCGAAACGGGCAGGUUGGAUUGUUGCAGAGCAGUCAGAUGCAGCGCUCUUUAGUGUGGAUGUCAAAGGCGACAACAGUAUCAAGCGCCGUGAGCGACUUGCGAAACCACUCAAGACGGAUGAGAUACUGGCGCAACGGUCUGCGAUUGCGCCUGUCGGCAAUCUCGCGCACAAGACGAGUAAGCUGGGAGACGGGAUUGUACACAAGAAGAAGAAGGGCCCGUUGCCGCCGUCUGAAUUAGCACGGUUGAAGAAGAUUGCCAUGCGCAGUGGAGAGGCAAAAGCAGGGGCAACGGCUGCUGCUUCCGUCAAGACACAGACGGCAGACCAGGUGUAUAAUGUAUGGGAUGCGCAGCAGGAGGAAGCAACGAGCGAGUGGGUCGCGCCUAUACGGGCCAAGAAGGCUCCUGUCACACUCAGAAUGGCGCCAACAACCCUCAUGGCAGAUGGCUCAGCCGUGUCUGCCAUCGAGACGCCGGAUCCAGGCCAGUCAUACAAUCCGCCGAUUGAAGCGUGGACAGCGUUACUCGAACGCAAGGCAAAGAUUGAGCUGGAGAGGCAACAAGCAAAUGAAAAAGCAAGCAUCAAAAGCAGAGCAGCACAAGCCGUUGAUGAGCGUUUCUUGCCUUUACAAGAGACUGCCGAAGACAGUGAAGGCGAGUCCGUCGCAGAAGAAGCCCGGUCGGUCCCGACACGAGCACAGCCAAAAACAACUGCGCAGCGCAAUAAAGAAGCGCGCCGGCUGCGACAGCUCGAAGUGGAAGCAGCCAUCCGUCUACGAAAGGCAGAGAGAAAGGCAAUUGCUUCACUGGAUGCACUUGCGCGUGAUGCUGAGACUGCCGCUGCAGACAAAGCUGCCCUCCUUCAACACAAGCAAAUCGUGGAAGGGCAAUUGCGUAAACGCAAGUUUGGUCGGCAUGCGAUGCCAGCUGCUCAGGUGGAUGUGCAGCUAUCAGAUGAGUUGGCCGAGUCUCUCAGAACACUGAAGCCAGCGUCCAAUAACUUCACCGACCGGUAUCAGAGCAUGCUGAAGCGUGGCCUGGUUGAAGCGCGUGUGCCCUUCAGCCGCAGCCGCAAGUUUGAGCUGCUGAAGCACGAGAAGUUCUCUCACAAGUGGAACAACCUUGGCUUCUGA